GGUAUUUAACUUGUCAGCCACUGGCACAUUGAAAUUCAUUGAUCUAACUCUAUCGAACAUGUCGUACGGUUAUAGAGAUGCGGCGCCUCCUGGUUACAGCUAUGGUGGACCCGGUGGGUUCUCCGCUGGUCCUCCCGCUGGUCCUCCUCCUGGAUCCGACCCUCAGUUGUGGGCUUGGUUCUCUGCAGUUGACACCGACAGGUCUGGCGCUAUCACUGCACACGAGUUAGAGAAGGCGUUGAUAAAUGGAGACUGGACUCCUUUCGAUUUGGAUACCGUCAAGCUUCUCAUGACCUUAUUCGAUGUUGAUCGGAGUGGUACGAUCGGAUUUAACGAGUUUUCUGGUCUAUGGAAAUACAUCAAAGACUGGCAAAACGUCUUCAAACAUUUUGAUCGCGACUUGUCGGGAUCUAUCGAUGGACAAGAGCUGCACGAAGCACUUCGACAGUUUGGCUAUGAUCUCAGUCCGCAUUUGUUGAAUCUCGUUCAAAGGAAAUACGACGUUAAAGCCUCUACUAUGGUUAUCCGCGGUGGCCCUCCUCCAGGAAUCUCCUUCGACCGCUUCGUCCGUGCUUGUGUCGUCAUCAAACAGCUCAGUGAGAGAUUCCGCAGGAUGGACACUGACCGGGAUGGAUGGAUCCAACUCAAUUAUGAUCAGUUUAUGGAAACCGUUCUCUCCCUUCCUUAAAUAUUGACAGAGGAUAUUAAAGUUGGCGACAUCAUCGCACUGAAGCAAGGUUGGAAGAAAGCAAAUGAACCCGCUGAUCGUUAUCAUGUUGUAUGUACGAAUACUUUCCAGAUCUUUGGUCUUGUCACGGUUUCGGAUGAUAAAGCAGAAGGCCAUCACUGAAAUCAUUGAUCUGGAUUUUGAAGUGCUCGCGUGCAAUUUUCAGCGAAGCAUAAGUAGUACGCUCCAGUGGAUGUCUCUAAGGCCUCAAAUUCUGGAUCCACAGACAUGAUA